AUGGCUCCGUCGCCGGUAUUCUUCCCCGAAGAUCUGAUCGGCGAGAUCUUUUCCGUUCUUCCUGUAAAAUCUAUUCUACGAUUUAGGUGUCUUAGCAAGUCUUAUGACACUCUCAUUUCCCAUCCUGUCUUUGUGAAAUUGCACCUCAAGAAAUCAACAUUACAAAAUCCUCAGUUCUUACUAAUCACAGAUCACGACGUAAGAAUCCCAGGCCCAGGAUUUUCACCCGAUGGCAGUGACGCCGAAUAUGAUAGAGAUCGCGGUAUCAUUCCUUACUCCAUACGUAGUUUAUUUGAGAAUCCAUCAUUCACCAUUUCCGUUGAUCCUUUCUACUUGAUGGAAAACAAAGGAUGCUCUCGCAUAGUUGGAUCUUGCAAUGGACUUAUCUGUUUGGCCGGUGAUUCUUACGACGAGUAUCAAAAGUAUUGGCUUCGUUUAUGGAACCCGGCCACCAGAAUAAUAUCUCCAACAUUUGGAUAUUUUCAUGAAGAGUGCAAUCCUCGAGAUGAAGAUAUUCCUUUUCUUUUUGAUGGUUAUUACAAAUUCAGCUUCGGUUGUGAUAAUUCAACUGACACUUAUAAGGUGGUGGCAUACCGUUACAAUAAACGUCAACGGAGAAGCAAUGUGAGGAUUCUUAGUUUGGGCGAUAACGUUUGGAGAGAUAUUGAAAGUUUCCCUGUUGAUCCUAUUCUUUUGGACAGUCCCUGUCAAGAUUUCGAGUAUGAUGGUUUGUAUUUCAGAAGCACUAUUAACUGGUUGGCUAUUCCAAAUGAAAUUGAUUAUAAUGUGUAUGAUACUAAAGAUAUUCCUGUUGAGCAAUUUGUUAUUGUUUCGCUUGAUUUGAUGACGGAGACAUACAAUCGGUACUUAUUGCCUCGUGAUUUUGAUGAAAUGCCACAUAGAAUUCCAACUAUUUGUUUGUUGGGGGACUCUCUUUGUUUUUCUUAUUUUUACAAGAAAACUGAUUUCAUUAUAUGGCAGAUGAAGAAAUUUGGGGUUGAAGAUUCUUGGACUCAAUUCCUUAAAGUUAGUUGUCACAAUCUUCAAAUUGAUGAUGACCUUAGUGAUGAACAUUUCAUAAAGUAUUCUUUAAGAUUGGAGCCUUUGUUUCUUUCUGAGGACGGUGAUACACUGGUACUAGAUUAUUGUCAAGAUUUCCAAGCAAUUAUCUAUAAUCGGAGAAAUAAUAGAGUAGAGCGAACAAACAUUACUGCACUUAGAAGAAUUAAUGAUGAUGGUAUUGGUCGGUGCACAUCCAAGUACUAUUUUGAAAGCUUAGUUUCAGUUUUUUGAAAAAUUAGGAGGGAGGAUCAACAGCUAAUAUACCUUGGUGAGAAAGGAAGGUAAUGUUUAUUGAAUUGUAUCCGUUGUGGAUGAAAUUCUACAUUUUUAUGUGUAUUCUCUAAAAAUGUAUCAAUAUGAGUAAUGCAAUUGGUAUUUAAGGUCUAUAAACUAAUCCUCAUAAAAUUGUAGUUCCAGACCACAAAGUUACUAGUUGAUUAUAAUUCUCUGUUAUGGAAAAUCUCAGUGGUUACUUCA